CCCCCCUCCGGAGAGCACUUCCGGUGCUAGAGUCGCUUUCCGCUGACGUCACUUCCGCUCCCUUUCUCUGUCUCUUCCGGAGGAGCGCGGAGGCCGCCGCCAUGUCCCUGGUGAUCCCGGAGAAAUUCCAGCACAUCCUGCGGGUGCUGAACACCAACAUCGAUGGCCGCAGGAAAAUCGCCUUCGCCAUCACCGCCAUUAAGGGCGUGGGUCGGCGCUACGCCCACGUGGUUCUGCGCAAGGCCGACAUCGACCUGACCAAGAGGGCGGGGGAGCUGACGGAGGACGAGGUGGAGCGGGUCAUCACCAUCAUGCAGAACCCGCGGCAGUACAAGAUCCCAGACUGGUUCCUCAACAGGCAGAAGGACGUCAAGGACGGGAAGUACAGCCAGGUG